UCUCCCUCACUGCCCACCUAUGUCUCUCUCCCAGCUGAGAGGGGUGGAGGCUGACGGCCGAUGGUUUUUAAACGGAUAGGGGAUGGAGGAAAGGGGGAAUUAGUGGCUCCUCUUCACUCGGUCUUCGCAACAGCGUCCCGGUAAUCAGAGACCAGCAGCCUCAGCGGAGAUUUUUCAUGGGAACGAAACGGCUUAAAAUGAGCCGGGGAGUGAUCGCUGAUCUGCUGCACAAGGCUUGAAUCCACCGAGAAACCCCAUGGAGCAGGAUGUGGAGAGCCCAAUAAUCAGAAAGCCCAAGUUGCCAAAGCAGGCCAGAGAGGACCUGCCUAAACACCUGGCAGAAAUCGACCGGGUGAAAAAGAUUCAGCGGUAUGUCCAGAAAGAUGGGAAGUGCAACGUCCAUCACGGAAACGUCCGAGAGACAUACCGCUAUCUGACAGACAUUUUUACCACACUGGUAGAUCUCAAGUGGAGGUUUAACCUCUUCAUCUUUGUGUUGGUGUACACGGUGACAUGGCUCUUCUUUGGCUUCAUGUGGUGGCUUAUUGCCUACCUCCGGGGUGAUCUGGACCAUAUAGCAGACAACCAGUGGACUCCGUGUGUCAAUAACCUCAACGGGUUUGUAUCAGCGUUUCUGUUCUCCAUUGAAACAGAGACCACCAUUGGUUAUGGAUACAGAGUGAUCACGGACAAAUGCCCCGAGGGAAUAGUGCUGCUUUUAGUUCAGUCAGUGCUGGGAUCUAUCGUGAAUGCCUUCAUGGUGGGUUGCAUGUUUGUUAAGAUCUCACAGCCCAAGAAACGGGCUGAGACACUAGUGUUUUCCACCAAUGCGGUCAUCUCCAUGAGAGAUGGUCGGCUGUGCCUGAUGUUCAGAGUUGGAGACCUCCGAAACUCGCACAUCGUCGAGGCUUCAAUCAGGGCCAAGCUUAUCAAGUCUAAGCAGACCAAGGAGGGGGAGUUCAUCCCUUUGAACCAGACAGAUAUAAACGUGGGUUACAACACAGGAGAUGACAGGCUCUUCCUGGUAUCGCCACUCAUCAUCUGCCAUGAGAUCAAUCAAAACAGCCCCUUCUGGGAUAUCUCACAGGCCCACCUGUCCAAGGAGGAGCUGGAAAUUGUUGUGAUCCUCGAGGGGAUGGUGGAGGCCACAGGUAUGACCUGCCAGGCAAGGAGCUCCUACGUCAGCAGUGAGAUCAAGUGGGGCUACCGCUUCACGCCCGUCCUGACGCUGGAGGACGGCUUCUACGAGGUGGACUACAACAGCUUCCACGACAUCUACGAAACUGACACACCCACCUGCAGUGCCAAAGAGCUCGCUGAUAUGACCAACCGCGCCCGCUUGCCCCUAACUUGGUCGCUGGCUAGCAAGCUGAGCCAGCAGGGGCUGCCAGAGUCUGAACAGGAGGGUCAGGAGACCAAAACCAACCUGGACGAGCAGGGGAAGAGUGAGAAGACCGAGAGGAACGGGGACAUUGCCAAUUUAGAGAGUGAGUCCAAAGUGUAGCGAGCGUGGCAAGAGGCAAGCGUGAAGUCAAAACGAGAUUAAUGGACUGUACUGUUGGUCUCCCGCCGAGGAAGGCCACCCAUUGAGGACCAAUGAGCACAGUAGACCAAGUACCCCUGCACCACGAACUGCUUUUUUCUCAGUGAUUUACAUUUACCCCAAAAACGAGAAAACACGUAGACAUGUGGCCCACCGCUGGAGUGAAAACCCCCUGCGGCAAGUGCAUGUUUCAAAUAUAAUGUGAUGUCCUCCUGACAAGAUUCCUAUUAUUUUUUCUAUUAAGAUAUUCCUAGGGGCAUUUGCUAAGUAUUUUUGUAUAUAUUACAAAAUGUUUUAAAUUCUUUGUUUUGUUGCAGUAUUUGACACAUGUUUGAUACUACUUCCUUUAGGUUAGUUCUGUAUAUAUUCUCUGCCUUACUGUAUGUAUAAAGCUUUCAUUAUUUGUUUUUCAGGAAUAUAUAAGCAUGUAUAAACAUUAACUGCAGUUGAUUUAUCUUGUAUUCUGUAUAUACUGUAUGAUGAUAUUAUUAUUAUUAUUAUUAUUAUUAUUGUUAUAAGGAACACAUACAGUUCAAUGGAUGCAAACUCUAGUUUAAACCAAUGAAAGAUUCUUCCCCAAUGAUAAGUGUUCGUUUAAAGUAGUACGACACGAAGCCAUGACUUGCUGUUUACAGCUAACUGACUUCAGACAAUGGCCCUUUAAAAACUGCAUUUUGUCACUUUUGCACACUGGAGUCUUCUGAUGAAGGUUAGUGACUGUUUGAGUCUCCAGAAAUAACUCACCUGUCACCUAAAAGUAUCAAUAAAUAAACAGUA